AUGUUCAUAUUAUCCAAAAUAUCAGACUUGGUACGUGUGCCGCCUGACGAAUUUCACAGAUCAACGAAAUCGGCCGUUGUACAUCAAUUGAACAAGAAGUUUUCCAACCGGAUUAUCCCACAUGUUGGCUUGUGUAUCACGGUUUUUGACGUUUUGGCAGUUGACGAGGGCCAAUUGAAACCAGGAGAUGGUGCCUCUUACAUCAAUACAACGUUUAGGGCGCUCGUUUUCAAACCUUUUGUAGGAGAGAUCAUUACCGGUUGGAUCUCACAAUGCACAGCUGAAGGUAUCAAAGUAUCGCUUCUAGGAGUGUUUGACGACGUAUUUAUUCCGCAAAAGAUGUUAUUCGAGGGCUGUUUUUUCUCACCAGAUGAUUCGGCUUGGGUAUGGCCCAUGGACGAAGAGACGAAGCUGUACUUCGACGUUAAUGAGAAAAUCCGAUUCCGCGUCGAACAAGAAGUGUUCGUAGACGUCAAGCCAAAAUCACCCAAGGAAAGAGAAAUUGAAGAACAGGAACAACAAGAAGCACAGGCUGCGGGUACACAAAGCGCGAAAAAGGAUACCCCACCUGCCUAUGCGCUCCUUGGGAGUUGCCAAACUGACGGGAUGGGUCUCGUCGGAUGGUGGGAAUGA